UCUUCAGACGAUUACUUGCCCAGUCAUUCAUCACCAGAUGAAGAAAGCUAAAAGAUUAUCUAUCAAAUCGAAGAAAUCUAAUGAUAGUCUUCAGAUGAACAACCCAGUACUGACAUUAUCCGCCAGUGAAUUUGCAACAGCUGUAAAUUCCUCGAGGUCCAAUAUAAUUCAUCCUAGUACAGAUAGUGAAACUGACGAUUCUUGGCAGGAAAUAAAUCCUAUAAAAAAGACUAAAAGGUAA